UGCGUUAUUUUACGUCGCCGGUCGACGAAAUGUUAAAGUUGUGUUGUUUUUUAUGUAUUGCUAUGCAUCCAUUUAUAGAGAUGCGUUAAUUACUUUGGAAUCCAGAUAAAAUAAUCGUUAAAAUGAGGUGUUGUUCAUAAAGUUUUAUCGUGCAAUUGUUUGCGUAACUAGUAUUGUACAUGGACUGCAGAACCGGAGAGACCAGCCACCGUACCGGGUAAAUUUUGGAGUGAGCAUCAACAAUCACGAAACAAUUUCCACAAAUAACUUAUUUCAAACCGAACAACCUUAUUCGCAAAAGGCUGAAUUGUAUUCGUGUUUUUGAACAAAAAUCUUAACGCAUCGCGCAGAGAGUGUAUUGUGAGGUGAGCACGCUUCACAAUACACGAAAAGAACAGGAAGGUUAUGUCUGGGCUUUUCAAAAUUAGACAAGUGAACAUGACUUCAUGCCCCGCGUCCGUGGUAUUACGUACUAAAUAUCUGUGGCUAAGACCAAGGCCGUGCGAGACCUUUGGGGGGGCUCCCUCGGUACAUUACGCGUGACCGUCGGUGAUCAGUAACAUUCGCCGACUGGAGGGACGGUCUCCUUCAAUGAACAUUGCUCUCUAUAAAAAAUGCGUGAUUGUCUGUAUUCGAGAAGAGGCAGUCAAUCAAAGAUUCAGGAUGGCAAAGAAGCUGCUGGUAGAUGUCGACUGCGGGGUAGACGAUGCCCAGGCCAUCAUGAUGGCACUGGCCGUCCCCGACGUGCAGAUCCUUGGUGUGACCUGUGUCCAUGGCAACACCACCACCGAAAACGUCUGUAAGAAUGUGCUUCGUGUUCUGAAGGCCUGCUGCAAACUGGAGAUUCCAGUGUUCAGAGGUGCCUCCAAGCCCAUCUUGGGGAUCACAAGAAAUGCAAGUUAUUUCCAUGGGGUUGAUGGUCUGGGUGAUGCCCCUGACCCCGAGGCUCCAGGCCUGGACAUGGUCCAGAAGGAAGGAGCCGUAUCUGCCAUGAUCCGAAUCGCCACAGAGCACCCUGGCGAGGUGACUCUUGUGGCUACGGGCCCCCUAACAAACCUCGCCUUGGCUGUCAGACUGGACCCUACAUUUCCCCAAAAGCUCAAAGGCCUUUACAUUAUGGGUGGAAACACUGAGUCCCGGGGUAACACGACAGUGUGUGGGGAGUUCAACUUUGUCAGCGAUCCUGAAGCUGCUUACAUCGUACUGAACGACUACCUCUGUCCAGUCUACAUUACCUCUUGGGAGUUCACUUGUCGCCAUAAGUUGCCCUGGGAAUUCUGUGAUGAAUGGCUUUCCCAAGACAACGAGAAGGCGAAGUUCAUGAAGAGAAUUUUCCAGCACUCUAUGAAUGAGGCCUACAGCCCGCAGUCUGAGAAGGAGUUGGUGGAUGGUUUUGGUUUUGUGUCAUGUGACUCCUAUGCAAUGGCAGCGGCCGUUGAUGACUCAUUUGUAACCGAGUAUGAGCAGGUUGCAGUCACGGUGGAGCUCGCAGGAACGUGCACACGAGGAAUGAUGGUCCUAGACACCCUCGAACUUCUGAAUAAAAAGCACAAGGCUUUCCUUUUAAAGCGUGUGGAUAUGGACAAGUUCAAAAGUUUGCUGAUAAAUGCACUAAAAUGAUGUAGAAACCUUGCAGCUAAUACACUGGAUUGGUUAACUGAGUUUUAACUAAAUCAGUAGAUCAAAGUCUGCUGCUGAGAUACAUAGAUGACUUAUUAAAUAAUUUAAAUAAUACUGAUUUUACAAUGUUUUACCGGAGUCUGCAUGUGCCACACUUUAGUACUACCAGAAAUGUACUGUAUGAAUACAUAUAAAGAAACAAGCAAGCAAUCGUGUUCAAUCAUGAAUAAAUAUUAGAUUAUUGUAAUUUUAUUAAGCUAUUUGCUAAUGAAUAAAAAAAAUCAUAUUGUUUUCAAAUUA